CGCCUCUGGGCGCCCGUCACUUCCUGCUCGGCCCGAGAAGGCCCUGCCGGGCGGCGGCGGCGGCAGCAGCGUCCGAGCCAUGGUCGCGCUGGAGAACCCGGAGGGCGGCUCGGAGGCGGCGGCGGUGGGAAGCGCCCCCGGCGGGCGGCGGACGCUGCCCCUUCCGGGCUGCCUGCCCGCUCUAGCUGGCUCCCAGGUGAAGAGGCUGUCAGCAUCCAAGCGGAAGCAACACUUCAUCAACCAGGCCGUGCGGAACUCAGACCUCGUGCCCAAGGCCAAGGGGCGGAAGAGCCUUCAGCGUCUAGAGAACACCCAGUACCUCCUAACGCUGCUGGAGACAGACGGGGGCACAGCUGGUCUGGACGAUGGGGACCUGGCCCCCCCCGCAGCACCCGGCAUCUUCGCAGAGGCCUGCAGCAAUGAGACCUACGUGGAGGUCUGGAAUGACUUCAUGAACCGCUCUGGGGAGGAGCAGGAACGGGUUCUCCGCUACCUGGAGGAUGAGGGCAAGAGCAAGGCACGGAGGAGGGGGCCCGGCCGCGGGGAGGAUCGAAGGAGAGAGGACCCAGCCUACACACCCCGUGAGUGCUUCCAGCGCAUCAGCCGGCGUCUGAGAACUGUCCUCAAGCGGAGCCGCAUCCCCAUGGAAACUCUGGAGACCUGGGAGGAGAGGCUGCUGAGGUUUUUCUCUGUGUCUCCCCAGGCCGUGUACACGGCCAUGCUGGACAACAGUUUCGAGAGACUCCUGCUUCACGCCAUCUGUCAGUACAUGGACCUCAUCUCAGCCAGUGCCGACCUGGAGGGCAAGAGGCAGAUGAAAGUCAGCAACCGCCACCUGGACUUCCUGCCACCGGGGCUGCUCCUGUCCGCGUAUCUGGAGCAGCGCAGCUGAUGGCCGCCCCCCCCUCCCCCGCCCCCGGCCUCCCCUCCCCCAGGCCUCCCGUGCCAUUCGCUAAAGUAUCUUUAUUAUUUGGAGGAUUUGUCCCUGCAGACGUGCUCUACCCCUGGGGGGGGCUAUCACUCUGACUCCUUCCCAGCCCGCCUCUCCCAGAUAAACGCGGGGCCCUGGCCCCCCACACCGGACUGUCCUGGCCUUGCAGCUCCCCGUUCCGGGACUUGAGUUUGAGCGAGGAGACCCGGCCUGGUCACUUCCGUGUUCCUUCUUCGUUCAGCUUUUUCGGCCCCGUCUGAAACUUAAGUAAGGAGCGACAGGCUGGGUUUUUAUCACUUUUAAUGAAUUUGGCAUGAUUUGUUGUAGAUUUUUAAAUUUCCCUUUUGGGAAGAAAAACCAAAAACUUGCCCCAACUGAUAAAUCGGGGGACUUUGUUCCAGUCCCUGUUUGAUCCUCCCCCAUCCCCCAGCUUUUGGCUUGGAUGUGGGGGAGGGGGGGCCUGGGGCUCCGCCCCUUUUUCCAGGUGUGUUCUGUCGUGUGCGCCUGCGCGUGUGCCCCAUGCCCUAGGACAGGGGCUGCAUCUUAAAGGCUGGUCUUGCCACCCUUUUGGAACAUGUUUGUCCUCCACGGGUGGCUUUUGGUGGCUCUUGGGGCCCCAUUUGCUCUACACACCUCCUCCCUUCAUCCUGCGGGAUCAGGACUUCCAGCCAGAAGCCUCUGCCCUAGGACUGCCCCAUUCCCCUGUCCGUGUCCCUUUGCCCUUCCCCUAGCCUAGCUCUGGCCUGUUGCCUUGGGCUGACCUCUCACUGGCCACCCUGGCAUGUCCCACAAGAGCAGGGCUGGGGGACCCUCCCGUGUGUGUGUGUGUGUGUGUGUGUGUGUGUGUGUGUGUCUAGUCGUGCUUUGGGAAAAGUGGAGAGUUCAAUAAAUUUCUGGUGCUCUGGUCUCUGGUCUCCAGCUGUGGGGCUUUCCUUGGGGGUAUGGCUGGGGGGGGGGGGGCAGGUGCACAGAGGUGCUCAGGAUGUGUGGAGUCUCAGUCGCUGAGGGCCGAAGGCCUGGGGAUGAAGCCUUACACUGAGGAGGCGUGUAGGGAGAGGCCGCUGGUUCUGCCGCCUGGCUCGUGCCCUUCCCAGGUGCCCACGUUCCAACCCCAGCUCCACCAUUUCCCAGCUGCCCACCGUCCAAAAAGUCACUUGUGUGAUCGUCCUGGGGUGGCCAGGACAAAGUACCCCAGCUGUGGCUUAAAACCACAGGAAUUUCUUGUCUCCCAGUCCUGGAAGCCGGAGUCGAAACCCAACCUGUGGCAGGGCUGUGAAGCUCCAGGGGAGGGGCCUUCUUGCCUCUUCGAGCUUCUGGGGGUCCCUGGCAUUCCUUGGCCUGUGGCCACCUCAUUCCAGCCCCUGCCUGCGUCUUCACGUGGCCUCCCUGUGUGUGUCCGGGAUUGGCCCAGUGUCCUGCAGGAUGAACCCAGCAGGGGGUUCAGACGCUGAGGGAAGUGUCUCGCUGGUGCCAUCACAUUGGGGGCCCCGCUGCCCACGAGGCUCCUCACUGCUGACAUUGAGCCUGGUCUCCCAGUCGGGGGUGCUGGUGGGGCUCCACACUGGGAAGCUCCUUCCCCGCCACACUAUCCUGGCCGGAAGGCGUUACUGCGUGCCCCCCACACAGAGGACUGGGGGCUGGGAACCACCUCCCUGAGGACAGAAGAUCUAUAUUAAUUAUUGAGAAUGCUGCAGGGACAUUUGUCUCUUCUCCCCCAGGCGUUCACUUAUGCAACCAUUUGGGACACAUGAAGAUUUACUUUCUAGUUCGAUGGGCCAUCCGGUAUUAUUUAUCCUGGUCACGGCCCAGGUUUGGCCCUCGCAGCCUUGGGUCUCUCUGAGGCACCCCCAUCGUUGUGGGGUUUUUAUACAUGAGCCCCGGGAUGCUCCAGCUAGGCCUGUGUGUUUCUGCACGGAGCCUGGUUCCUUCUCUCGGGUCAGGUCUGGGCGCUUGGGUGUGCGGGGGCCCGUUUAACAGGCAUCCUAAGAGUUUUAAGGGCAGACACUAAAUCGCGGGUGUCCACGUGGCUGGCACGGACGCCGGAGGCCCGGGGUCCCAGAGGGUGCAGCCACUUGCAGGAGGACCCUUUCCCCCUGCCCGCGGGGUGCCGCGGCCCUAAGCCUCCUGCCCUCCCCUGCAGCCGGCGGGAGGACCUGAAAAUCGGGGAAGGGCCUCCAAAGGGAGAGUCGCUUCACUUGUGGAGCCUCAGUUUCCCUGCUCGGGAGAGUCCAGAGUAGAGCAGCAAAAUAUGGAACGCUUCACGAAUUUGCGUGUCAUCCUUGCGCAGGGGCCAUGCUAAUCUUCUCUGUAUC